AUGGCCGCCACCAACGAACGCGUGGUGCGUCGCACAAAUGCCUUGCUUGGCUACGGCGGCACCUACGUGGAGGCGCAGGAGGGAACGAUGGGAACCGUUGUCGGCGCAACUAUUGCGGGGUAUCUGACGGCGGCGGUGCUUGCUGUCCCCUUCCUCCGUCGCUACAUCGCGGAGCACUGGCUGCCACCGGCGGGAACAGGCCCCACACAGUCGCAGAGGGAACUGUCGUGGUACAAGUGCGUCUUUGUCGCCGUCGAUAAGUCCGGGAAGGUGCUGCGGCGCGUCAUCCUCUCCGACACGCGCGACGGGUACACGGCAAGCGGCCUGUACAUUGCGGAAGCGGCUCUCAGUGCGCUGCAGCGGGCCAAGGAAGGCACUCUUGGCGCCGGCGUCUUGACGCCCAUGGCGGCCUUCGGCGACGUGCUGCUCCGCCGUGUUCAGCAGGCCGGCGUCGUCGUUGAGGUGAUGGAGGCGGAGGCGCCGCCGGCGAGCACAACGACGCCCGCACAGUAA